CUUAAAAAUUGCAUUUUCCACUGUAGUUCUACUUCUACAGUACAGAAAGUUUGUACGCUGUGUAGAAGAUUUCUUAUAAGUUAUAUAAUUUGGCAUUUUAAAAAUGUGAUUUCAUUAUCAGGUUGUCGUUAAUGUUUUAUGUAACGAUAAUGCAGAAGAGAAGAAUUUAAUAACACCUACUAGUUACAGACUUUAAUGUUAGUAGUGUUACUACUUCAGCCCUUGCAAGUUGCAGCCCACAAGUUAGAAUUACUCAAUUAGAAAGUUUCUGUAUUUGAUUUUUCUGAGACAAUCUAGCAAGGACAAGAAGAACCGAAAACAAAACAAAAAAAGAGUAUGCAAGCAAUAAAGUGUGUAGUUGUUGGGGAUGGGGCAGUAGGUAAAACAUGUCUCCUAAUCAGUUACACAACUAAUGCCUUCCCUGGAGAAUAUAUUCCUACAGUAUUUGACAAUUAUUCAGCAAAUGUAAUGGUGGAUGGAAAGCCAAUCAACUUGGGUCUUUGGGAUACAGCAGGCCAGGAAGAUUAUGAUAGGUUGCGUCCUCUUUCUUACCCACAGACUGAUGUCUUUCUCAUCUGUUUUUCUUUAGUGAAUCCUGCAUCUUUUGAAAAUGUCCGAGCAAAGUGGUACCCUGAAGUAAGUCACCACUGUCCAAACACUCCUAUUAUUCUAGUGGGCACGAAGCUAGACCUGCGAGAAGAUAAGGAGACCAUUGAUAAACUAAAAGAUCGUAAACUGGCACCAAUCACCUACCCUCAAGGUCUGGCCAUGGCAAAAGAAAUUGGAGCAGUGAAAUAUCUUGAAUGUUCGGCUCUUACGCAGAAAGGAUUGAAAAAUGUGUUUGACGAGGCCAUCCGAGCUGUACUCUGUCCACAACCCAAGCCAAAGAAAAAGAAGCCAUGCUCACUUCUUUAAUGAUCAAAAAAAAGUAUUACAGGUUGUUUAGUUUUUAUCAAUGUACCUUUACGUUUGCCAAGUUGCAUGGGUUACUCCAAAAACUUUCUCCUUCGUGAUAUUUUUACUGACAGAAUUUUUACACAUUUGGAUAAAAAAAAUGCAUGUUUCAACCAUGGUUUGGAUAUAAUAUACAGUUCCUGCUUUGAUGGUUCUUUCUUCUUUUUUUUAACCAACUGUUAAUAUGACUACACAGUUAAUGCGAGAACUGUAACUGACUUUAGGGCUUUCAUUAACACACAAUUAGAUUCUAAGACUUCUUUCAAGACAUAGCUUGAAUACUGUGCCUGAGGUGUUACGAAAACUUGUAAAGCUGUUAGUUAUUUUUAUUAUAGUGAAAGUCUGUUGUGUAUCUCACAAUAAAACUUGUGCUAAACUAGACAUUAGCAAAAGAUCAACAUUACACUGUAUUAUAAAAAUAUUGAUUUUUUUGAAAAGUGUUUCCUAUUUCAUAACAAUUGUUAACCUUGAACUGCUUAGAAUAGUAUUAUAACAGUGCCUUGCUUAGUUUUGUUGUAUAAUUAUUUGACUUGUUAAUGCCAGAAAGUUUUGAACUUUCGUUAUAGGUUAAAAGUGAAUUUAAAAAUUGUAUAGAAUAAUUAUAAUUUUAUAAAAAUAUAUAAAAUAACCUUUUUUAAUAACGUGAAAAAAUUAAGUGGACACAGUUUAUUGAAGAUAGAAACAUUAUUGUAUGUUAUGUAAGGAAAUUAGGAUAGAAAACUGUAAAGCUGUCAUUUUGCAAGAAUUUAAUCACUGUUGAUUUACAAAAGUGGAAUUACAAAAAAAAUUGAUAGAAUUAACAGAGCGAGUACAUAAACAAGACCAUGAGGACACUAAAAAACAGAGUUUGAUAACUUACGUGUUCUGUAACCUUGACCAUUACUUGAAGUUUGGACGGACUGUAAGAAGCAAUGUUUGAUAAUUUACAUGUUCUGUAACCUUGAUCACUACUUGAAGUUUGGACACACUGUAAGAAGCAAUGUUUGAUAAUUUACAUGUUCUGUAACCUUGACCACUACUUGAAGUUUGGACGGACUGUAAGAAGCAAUGUUUGAUAAUUUACAUGUUCUGUAAUCUUGACCAUUACUUGAAGUUUGGACAGACUGUAAGAAGCAGUUUGAUAAUUUGCAUGUUCUGUAACCUUGACCACUACUUGAAGUUUGGACAGACUGUAAGAAGUAAUGUUUGAUAAUUUACAUGUUCUGUAACCUUGAUCACUACUUGAAGUUUGGACAGACUGUAAGAAGUAAUGUUUGAUAAUUUACAUGUUCUGUAACCUUGACCACUACUUGAAGUUUGGACAGAUUGUAAGAAGUAGUGAUAUUAACCAGUGGAUUUGAAGUUUGGGAGAAAAUGUAAAAAUAAAUUCUUGAAGGCAGCUAAGGUGGCUAUAUAUACAAAAAGUAGCUAAGCCAGUUAUCAAUAGAGAUUUUUGAGAGAAGUGGGUAGUUUAUUACCAUGCGUGCUUAAUGAUAGAAAAGUGCUCAAUUUAGUUUUAUUUUUAUUUCAAUAUCAUUCAUUUGCUGUGAUUAUACAUGUAUUUGUCCUUAUUAUAAAAUGUAGUAACACAAUUGUUUUGGUAAACCAGUUAAAUAAUUAACUGACCGAAGACAUUUUUUGGUAACUAGAGAAAAGAACUGACCUAUAGAGAGUUAUACAUGUAGUAUUAUGUUGAUUAUGGGAGCUGCAGCCCAUUAGUGGGGCUAAAACAAACAAGCAAGAAAUAGUAGGUAAAUACACAAUACUGUGUAAAAGAAUCUAACAAAGUUUAAAUCCACAAUAAUGGAACAAUACCAAAUUUAUAAAUGUACUAGUUUUGAACCGUUUCACAUUUCCUCUUUGGUCCAAUGUUUGUUUGCAAGAGAACCAGGUUCACUGUGUUUCUCCCCACUGACAGUUGUUAGACUGAAGAGGACAUGUGAAAGUGUCAAAAUUUGUCCACACACACAUAUAUAUUUGGUAUUGUUCUGUUAUUUUGAAUUUAAACUUUAUUUAAGCAAGAAAAUGUUUCAUUGUUAAAAUCCAAUAAUGUGCAUGCUGUAUUAUUGAAACGAGUCAGAUAAUAAACUAGUGUCACACGGUACUCUGAAAGAUAUGAACUAUGAUCUGUAGCCAAUAAUCACAAAAGCAUGACCUUGGAUUUUAUUGCUGAACUUUGUUAAACAAAUACAUAACAAAAUGUACGACUUUGGCAGGUCCUGUUGUGAAAUUAAUACUGCUGUUCUGAUUGAACUUAUUAGCAGUAUUUGUAUAGAGUGAAUGAUGAUUAUGUAUAUUUCCAGCUUACUUACAGUAUAUUUGGUCUUAAACUAUUUAACCACUUAACUACAGUGGUAGUGGUUAUUAAGGGAAGUUAUACAGUUGAUCUCUGCAGAUGUUGUUUAUACUUGUAUUAAUAAAUAUUUUCACCACUUA